UUAAAUUUUCGAUUAUUGCUGGGUUUAGACCUUGAAUCAAGGAAUUCUCUACUGUUCCGUGUUGAAUUCAACUUCAAAUGAGUAAUAAGAGAAGAAAUGAAGAAUAUAGUGACUUUGAGAAUGAUGAAGAGAAAACUUCAAUACGAUUUGUUGGUUUCAAGGGCCAAGAUCCUGAACUCACAAUAUCACAAUCGAUUGAUUCUCACAACAGGUUACAGAAAGUAUCUGUUAACUUUCGAACAAGAGUUCGUCGUGUAUUGGAUAUCCAUAAAGAAUAUCCAUCAGGCAUUAUGGAGAACCGCAAGAUAGAAAAUCAAUUGCAUGGAUCAAACCACGUGAUUGAUCAAUUUGCUGAUUCUACACUUUUUGUUGUGCAGAGAUGGAGGAACCUGUUUGAUCUUGUUGAACUCGAUUAUAAUUCAGUGUCAUUCUUCGUUCUUAAGAAGAAACAGACUCCAAGUUCACGCUGGUUGAGAGUUGGGAAGGGAGCUGCCAGGGUAGGGAGAGGUCUAUUCAAGAAUGAGAAAGCUCAGAAACUUGUUUUAGAACAUUGGCUUGAGUUAAUUGAUGUUCAGCAUCGCUAUGGACAAAAUCUUCGAUUAUAUUUCAUAGAGUGGUUUCGUUCUUCAACCAUGGAACCCUUCUUCUACUGGUUAGAUAAAGGCGAAGGAAAGGACCUAAAUCUUUUGGAAAAAUGUCCUAGAUUGCAACUUCAACAGCAGUGCAUCAAAUAUCUUGAUGAUAUCGAAAGGAAAGCUUAUGAAGUUAUAGUGGAAGAUGGGAAGCUAUACUACAAGCAGAGUUGGAAAAUCCUUGACACCACUGGAGAACCAGAUGGUGUCAAAUGGAUUUCUGUGCUCAGCACCUCUAAGGAAUUAUACAUUGGACGGAAAACGAAAGGUGCAUUUCAUCACUCUAGCUUCUUGGCUGGAGAAGCCACGUCCGCUGCAGGGAGGAUAAUUGCUGAAAAGGGCAUUAUUAAAGAAUUGGGGCGUAAGAGUGGCCACUAUCGACCAACUGAAGAAAAUUUCCAGGACUUCCUCUCAUUUCUUAGGGAGAAAAAUUUGAAUGUCACACACAUUAAGCUAAACUCAUUGGACGACAAAGAACCACUUGGCCAAAAGGCCAGAUGUUUAUGGAGAAAUAACUCAUUGGAUGACAUUCCCGAUGAUAUAUUGGUGAUACAAAAGGAUGACCUGGACGACUCAACUUUAGAGAAGGUUGCUGUUGCUUCAGCAGAAUUAUCAUCCCAAAUGCCUUCUUAAAAGUCAGUCGAUAUUCAGACACCAUGUAAGGAUGAUCAAUGGAGUCUGUGCAAAGAUCAAAAGGUUGAAUCAAACUCCUACAUUGUCGUGUUAGAUUCUACGCAGAAUGAAUUAAAGCAUUGGAAACAUUCAUUUCUUUAAAUCUUUAUACAUUAAAUUUUUACUUUUAAAAUUCUUUUACUUGUACAAAAUUCUUCCUGUGGUGUUUUGAAGCAGGAAAUCCUGAAGAAGUUGAAUAAAUGACAUAUUAUUGUUUGAUGUUGACCAUGACUAGGUCUAAAUGCCUCAACAGUUAUAUGCAGCAUUAAAAGUAUUUAUUUCUCUAA